GUAAGUAGCGCUUCCGGGGCCUGGCGCGGCGCGGCGAGCUCACUUUCCGGUACUUCAGCUUUCUAGCGUAAGGUGUGUCUGUGCUCCGACAUGAGCUUCCUCAAGAGCUUCCUGCCGCCUGGCUCGGCCGAAGGGCUCCGUCAGCAGCAGCCAGACACCGAGGCUGUGCUGAACGGCCGGGGCCUGGGCACUGGCACCCUUUACGUCGCUGAGAGCCGCUUGUCUUGGUUGGAUGGCUCUGGAUUAGGUUUCUCACUGGAGUACCCCACCAUUAGUUUGCACGCUGUGUCCAGGGACCUCAGUGCCUAUCCACGAGAGCACCUGUACGUUAUGGUGAAUGCCAAAUUUGAAGAAGAAUUAAGAGAAUCUGUUGGUGAAGAAGAGGAAGACAGUGAUGAUGAUGUGGAACCUAUUGCUGAAUUCAGAUUUGUCCCUGGUGAUAAGUCUGCGUUGGAGGCAAUGUUUACUGCAAUGUGUGAAUGUCAGGCUUUGCAUCCAGACCCUGAGGAUGAAGAUUCAGAUGAUUAUGAUGGAGAAGAAUAUGAUGUGGAAGCAUAUGAACAAGGGCAGGGGGAUAUUCCUACAUUUUACACCUAUGAAGAAGGAUUAUCCCAUUUAACAGCAGAAGGGCAAGCCACACUGGAGAGAUUAGAAGGAAUGCUUUCCCAGUCUGUGAGCAGUCAGUAUAACAUGGCCGGAGUUCGGACAGAUGAUUCAUUACGAGAUUUUGAAGAUGGAAUGGAGGUAGAUACUGCACCCACAGUAGCUGGGCAGUUUGAAGAUGCAGAUGUUGACCACUGAAAUAAUGACUGCUGCUUUGAUAUUCUGCACAUAGGUAUAAGCAAGAACUAGGUGCCUCUUCUAUUGUGGAGUGGGUGUUGAUGAGAGUCUUUUUCCUUCUUCAGAAGCUCACCUGACCCAGUUCUUUCUUGAGACAGAUUAUACUGAGGCAACAAGUUUUCAACAACAGCUAAGAAAACUAUGACCUUUAUUAACAAAGGUGAAUUCAUUUUAUCAAGAGGUUAUUUGUAGCUUAUUAUUUAUCCCAAAACUUUGUCUAGCUAACCUGUGAGUAGACCUAUAAGCCCUUUUACUAUAUGCAUUUUCUUUUAAUCUAACAGGCCUAUUUACUAAUGCUCAGGAGUAUGAUGGUACAGUAGAUAGGAUGGGAAAGAAGGAAGUUGAAUCUAAAAUAUACCCUUUUACAGUGUUAAGGAUACCUUUUUCCGUAAAAAGAGAGAGGGAGGAGGAAGGGAAGGAGAGAGAAAGACAUCUCAGAGAAACUUCUGCUUAUUCUCCACAGGGGAAAGGAUCUUCGGGACUCAGAUUAAUUUAUUGAGGCACCUCUAGGUAGCCUUUUCAGAUACAGCCUAGCUACACAGACUAGCUUUUACCCCCUUUUACUCUAUUCCAUCAAUCUGUUAUUUUAUAACAUAGGCUAUACUUGAAAUUUUCAACCUGAGUCAAUUUCUGUAAUGGAACAAUGAAAUUGGGAUGAGUCCUCCAAGUACUUUAGGUGAUAAUUGUUUUGUCUUUUUGUGAUAGCUUCAUAAAUCUAGAAUUUUUAUAUUACUGUGUUCCUGAAUAAUAUCAUUAAUAAUAAUUUUUUUAAAAAAAUCAGUCUUGGCAAGGGCUGUGCUAUGGUGCACCUGGUUCCUGUUUAAGUGUAUACAUUGCCAUUAAUAAGGACUUGGGUUUGAGCCCCAUUCCCACAAGUGGUGAAGCAAGUACUACUGCAGGUGUGUGUCUGUCUCUUUCCCUCUCGGGUCUUUCCUCUCAGUUUCUCUGUCCUAUCAAAUAACUAGAAAAGGGGGUGGGGGAAAAGUGGCUGAUGGAGCAGUGGAUUCAUAGUACCAGCACCAAGCCCCAGCAAUAGCCCUGGUGAAAAUAUAAACAAAUGGGAGUCGGGCUGUAGCGCAGCGGGUUAAGCGCAGGUGGCGCAAAGCACAAGGACCAGCAUAAGGAUCCCGGUUCGAACCCCGGCUCCCCACCUGCAGGGGAGUCGCUUCACAGGCGGUGAAGCAGGUCUGCAGGUGUCUAUCUUUCUCUCCACCUCUCUGUCUUCCCCUCCUCUCUCCAUUUCUCUCUGUCCUAUCCAACAACAACAACAACAAUAAUAACUACAACAAUAAAACAACAAGGGCAACAAAAGGGAAUAAAUAAAUAAAAUAAAUAUUAAAAAAAAAAAAAGAAAAUAUAAACAAAUAAAUAUUAAUGCUAGCAAGGGGCCAGGCAGUGGUACACUUGGUGUCUCUUUUUCUUUUUCUAUAUCCUCCUCCCCCCAAUUACUCUGUCUCUAGCAAAAAAUAAAUAAAAUAAAGAAUAUUGGAAAAUAAAAUAAAAAUAAUAAAUAAAAUAAAAAUAUUGGAUAAAGCAUUGGACUCUCAAGCAUGAGGUACUGAGUUCAGUUACACAUAUACCAGUGUGAUGUCUGGCUCUUUCUCUACCUUGCUAAUUUUCAGUAAGUAAAUAAAGUAUUUUUAAAAGCAAA